UCACGUCUCGUUUUUGAGGAGAUCUCUAGCAGCAAGGCUCAGUGAGCGGGACCAUCAAACUCAUAAGCCCCAACCGACGUUCAUCAACUCCGAGUCUUCCGCAACGUCCUCGGCUGACAACGAGCCUAUUCCAACGUCGAUAAUCAGCACCUUGUAAGUUUCCUGUCCCUUAGCACAAGUUAAAUGAGACCAUCUGCUUACUUUACACCUUGCUCAAGAUACACACCAUGGCGACCCGACGCAUCGUGGCCUCAGAGAAGACCAUCCUCGAGAAGGAUGAUGUGGUUGGUGCGAGUCCCGCUGCUGGCGACAAGUCCAACAUCACUCCUGCUGUGCCAAUGGAUGUCAUCUUGAAGCUUCUUGGAUUCACGUUGGCCAUGAUUGUGUUGCCCAUCGGCACCUACUUUGCCACGGUCGACUUCCUUUUCAAGGGCAAUUCCACAUUUGCUGGCGCUCUUGCUGCUGUAAUGGCCAACGUGGUAUUGAUCAGUUAUGUUAUCGUUGCCAUGAAAGAGGAUCAGAGCGACCAGCUGGAAGCGAAGAAGCAAGGGAAGAAAGACCGUUGAAAUUUGGGAUGGGCAGUCAAUCGACACCUUGGUGCCUGGGAUGGCAGCC